CCCCCUUCGGUACCCGUAGAUGUUCGCUAAAGUCAGACGUGUACGUAGUGUGGAUUGUUUUCGAACCGGAAAUGUUUUGAACAGCAGUGAUGUUAUAGAUGUUCAACGAUUUUAACCGGGUUUAAUUCUGAUUCUCUAAGUUAUACAUGUCACUAAUGUCUUCAAGGAAGUAUGUCGAAAGAGUUGUUGUUGUUGGACGUCGAGGAUCCAUCGAGUCUACAAACUUCUACAGCGAUGAAUAACGACACAGCGACCAUGUCCAUCGAUCAGGACGGAGAGUGGGAUAUCAGUUUGUUUGAUGAGUUAGACGGCCUGGGAGAUGCUGAGGAGUUGCUGCAGGCUCUCGAGAAUGCUGGCUAUACGGGGAGUGCUGCUGAUCUGAACUUCGACAUCGAGCUCCCUGUCUGGAGCUCUGAAGGGUGGGGAGAAACCAGCAGCAUGUGUACAGAUGGAGACAUUUCAGCAGACUCCCUCUCUCCGACCCACACACUCAAUUCUGUCCCUUCACCCACAUCAACGGAAGCCCAUUCGCCCUACUCUCUACUUGAUGAAGCUCUGUCUCCACUCUCCAGCCAGUCUCAGCACUCUCCACUCUCUGUCUGCUCAGACACCAGCAGCUUUGUUGAACCACCUCCUGAGAAGAAGCCAAUCAAGAAGAUCAAUCAGAUAAAAGCUAAACCUGUCCUGAGGCCCAUUCAUCUGAGCCCUAAAGUCUCCAUUCAGCCUAAACCACUCAUCACAGCGCUGCCCAUUGCUCAGACUGCAGCUGCCCUGCAGACCAAAACCAUCAUCAUCCAGCCAGUGCAGGCUACCAUAGUGCCGGUGGUCAAACCUGCACCUGUCACCAUUCAGCCGGCUCCCCCUGCAGGUCAUCCCACCUUGCUCUCUCAGCCCACCCAGGUUCUGCAGCUGCAGCCUCCACAGGUUGUUCCCGCAGGUACCCGGGUGCUCACCAUGUCCAGCCUGGCACAGGACAGGCCCACAAACCCCGCCACCCCUGUCGCCCCCCCACCUGUCGUAGGCAUCCCACUCCGGAACCCUCCAUCAGAUGAGGAUUCCAGCGUGUCACGACGGCAGCAACGGAUGAUCAAGAACAGAGAGUCUGCAUCUCUAUCACGGAAGAAGAAGAAAGAGUACUUGCUGACCUUGGAGGCCCGUCUGAAGGUUGCGCUCUCUGAGAACGAGAAGCUGAAAAAUGAAAAUGGGACACUGAAAAAGCAACUGGAGGGUCUGAUGAAUGAAAACACCAUUCUGAAGGCAACUGCUCCAAAGAGACGAGCCGUGUGUCUCAUGGUGGUCCUGGUUUUCUUGGCCAUCAACAUUGCGCCAAUGAGUCUUUUUGAGGGAGAUGCAGACUCCAGGUUUGCAGCAGCCCCUAGUCCCAGUAGCAGACACUUGUUGGGCUUCUCGUCAAAGAUCAGCAGCGAGGGAGCCAGCUUACAUGAUUCUCCGUCUUCUCACACUGGAAAUAAGUUGGAGGAUUUAGAAUCAAUGCCAGAAGAGAAGGCGCUCAUGGUGGUUAAAAGGGAUCCUUUCUUCCUCAGAACUCCUCCUCCUCCCUGCCAGCCUCCUGUAAACAGGACCAAGUGCAUAAAGAUGGCCAGUGAGCUGAGGGGAUGGGUCCACCGCCAUGAGGCAGAGCGCACUAAGAACCAGCGCAACAGCAGCACCCACUCAAGAGCCAGAACCAUCACGAAAAUGACCAGUAAAAAGGCGGAAGUUGCGCAGAUCGUAACUGUACAGUACACAGACUCUUCUGACAAGCAUUCAGGCAACGAGCUGCAGGUCUACUACGCCCCUCACCGCACUUACAGCGAUUUCUUUGAUGAGAUCAACCGAAGAGGCGACACCUUCUAUGUGAUCUCUUUCCGCAGGGAUCACCUUCUUCUUCCUGCCACCAACCACAACAGAGGAAGCAGACCAAAGAUGUCAGUUGUUCUCCCAGCAAUGAAUAUCAAUGAAAGUGUGAUAAAGGACAAGGAGUUUGAGGUGAUGAUGCAGAUUGACUGUGAAGUCAUGGACACCAGGAUCCUUCACAUCAAGUCCUCCAGUAUCCCACCAAUCCUGCGGGUCAAUGAAACUGAUGCUGAAUCAUUCUAUCACUCUGCCCCUACCAACAAUCACGCUUCACCCUCUGUUGGAGUCCUCAUGGGCUCUGCUUGACUCCAGAUGCCUACUGAUAUCAGAACACCUUUUGUCAUGGUUUUUCUGUUGUUAGCCCUUUUUGUUGGACACAUUUUAUCUCUUUGUUCUUCGUCAGAAAUUGGAGUAGCAAUGUAUGAAAUCUGGAGUAGAAUUUGAGAAAAACAGUUUGAUUGAAAAACAGCAUGGGCCAAGUACUGAACCUUGAGGAACACCACCCCCACACAUAUUUCAGCUGCACCAUAAAAUCCUUAAACUGUAAUCAUUAAAGCUCUCAGGAAACCAUGUCAGGUUUGUGUUCAAUCUACUCUUGAUUUGAAUUCUUAGACGUUUUUAUUGAUCUGUGUGUUUGGCUUAUACUUAAUAGAUACUUAAUAGAUUUAAUUUUGGCUUUUGUUUGCACUUUGAAUUGUGUAUAUUUGUAGGAGUGUACUAAUGAAGUUUUAUUACCAAGCUUCCAGCUUGGUACAUAUACAAGGCUCAUUUUCAUUUUAUGUUCUUUAAUUUUAUGACGAAAAAUUUAUAUUAAUAAAUAGCAUAAUUGUUACAAAAAAGGAAAAGAUGCUAAUUUCACUUCUCAUUGUUGUUGCAAAGCAGAAAAGGUUUAAAAUUGGAAGAUGAUAAACUAUUUGAGUAAACCUGCUCAUUCACUGCAUGACUUUUUAAAAGUGAUAUUGAUCAAUUGCAAAUUCUUUUGUUUUCAAAUGUCAAGACACGUCAGCAACACUUCAAAACUUAAAUAAACACUGGACUAUAUUUGA